CCAAGCACCGGCCGUGGGCAGCCGAUGCCUAGCCCGACUUGCCGGGCUGCGCAGAGUUGGGACUCGGAGUCGAUGAAAACACCCGGGGCCCUACGGCAGCGGAUCUCUCCUGACCCCAAGGGUCAGAAGCGCGCCGCAUCGUUGGGUCGAUCCCGUGCACUCACAGUGCCCCAGCCUGGGGAGGUCAUAUCAAGACGUCCUGAAGCUUUGCAGGACCCAAAUCGCUCUCAGUCAGCUCUGCCCACCUCGGUGCGUCAGGUCUCAGUAUUUGCAGCGCUCAAGCGGUUACCCAGCCCAUUGCCUUUCAAGGUUGAAAAUCCCGCGCUGGCCGAUGAGACUCCUCAGCUCCCAGAGGCGUCAAUCAAGAACGUCAGUGACUGGAACGAGGAGAUCGAAGUUGGCGCCGACGAAGCGAAACAAAGGGCCAACGACGAAGCUACAACGCCAUCUCGAAGCCCCAAGGGCGAACGAACACGGCGCGUGUCCUUCGCGAAGGACACCAAGACUCCGAAACCGACUUCGUUAAAGGAAUUGCUGUCAAGGGCAGAUUCUGAAUGAGCCCUUGACAUUUGCCAGCUUGCAUGUGAUCUCAUGGCCGCUUGGGGUGCUUGCUGAUUUUUAUCGGUUGAUAUGUUGUUUCUUGAGC